AUGACAGAAAGUUUUGUAAUGAGACACCACCUUCAGUGUUUAUGGAACAAAGUUGAAAACGCUCCUGUCAUUGUUAAUACAGAUGUUGUACGGACAGUAUAUAGAUUUAAUCAACCUGCGUGUUCUUUUGGAAAUUGCCAGACGACAUGUAAAUACUUAUCUUCUUGCCUAAAUGGCUUACUCAAAAUAAAUGUACUGAACGAAGAAACAUGUGACAAAACUGAACCAGAGUCUCCUGUUGAAAAGUUACUGACGCAUAGCCGUAAUGGUUUGAAGAAUUAUGGGAGUACGUGUUACUUAAAUGCAUUUUUGCAGCUUUAUUUUCGGUUCAAGGAACUUCGAAAAGCAAUAUAUGAUAUCCCAUCACAAGCUGAUGAAACCGGUAUAAUACACCAGCUACAAUUAAUAUUCAGUCAACUUCAGUUAAACAAUUCAGGUAUUGUUGAUCCAGGAGGUUUGAUUGAAGCAUUGCGGUUGUGUGAUACAGAGCAACAAGAUGCUCCUGAGUUCCAUUGUUUAUUUAUGAAUUUAUUAGAAGCACGUUUCCAGCAAGUUGGUGUAUCUGUUAUUGACGACUUGAUUAGAGGAGAAUAUAUUUAUGAAAAUAGCUGUCUGAAAUGCGGUUUCACAUCUCGGUUACCUUCAAAGUUUUUAGAACUAUCAUUGAAAGUUUCUUCAAAGUCACUUCCAGAUUGUAUACGGGAUUAUUUAAAGGAAGAACAAUUAGUUGGCGAUAAUCAGUAUGCUUGUUCACAGUGUGGUUGUAAACGAGAUGGUAUUAGAAGAGCCUAUAUAACACGUGCUCCACCAUUGUUAUGCAUUCAGUUGCUUAGAUUCACCUACGAUUCAAACACUGGUCAACGUAAAAAGUAUAAAGCUUCUAUUCGUCUGCCUGAUCUUCUUGAGUUGACAAAAGUUGUUGAAAAUCCAAAAAGUAAUAAACAUCUGAAUUGUGAACAUUCUGUGGAAUGUUUGAGUGUAGAUUCAGAUCCAUGUCAUCGCGCAUAUCGUCUCUGUGGUGUACUUUUACAUAUUGGCAACCAACCAACAUCAGGACAUUAUAUAGCUGUUCUUAGAGAUUCUUACAAAAGAAUCAAUUUAUCUGGUGAUAAAAACACAGAUUCAAGUACUGAAGAUGAUCCUCCUUUAAAAUCAAAUGAAUGUUGGAGUGUUUGCAAUGAUAUAGAUGUCUUCAACGUACCGUCAAAUCAAUUUAAAUUAGCAAAAUUAACGGAUCAGCUAAAUCAUUGCAAAGCUAUCUAG